AUGUCCAAGGAGGAAUUAUUUUCUUUGGAUUUCGACUUUAAAGGCAAAUUCCCGAAAGAAAUGUUCAACAAAUUUUUGGAAACGCAAGUAAAUUUGCUGGGGCUACGCGGUUGGGUGAAAGAAGUUGACAAAGAAAGAAUUAAGGGACAUAUUGAAGGCGUCUUACCAAAUUUGGAUAAAUUCAAAAAAGUCAUGGAAACGGCAGAAGCUUUCGCAUCGCAAAUAACGCAAAUGGUAUUUACCGAGGUGAAAAAGAUCGAAAAGUACACUACAGAAGCUUUUGAAAUUAGAAAGUAG